ACUGCGACACAUUUGUAAGUGCACUCUAGUGGACGUGUAUAGGGUAAAAUAUCCUCUUCUGGAUCACAAACUUCUUUCGCCUUAGUGGCGCAGAGCCACUGCAAGAGACGCAGCGUCAGUAUUACACACGUGAAGCCACUGACAUAUAUCACAGCGCAUCAUCUCAUGGAGAAAAGGAAAUAUUUGAGUCAGGGUAGUUGAAUGAGAAGACAAUGGACAGCCGGACCGAGAAUCCAACGAAGGCAGCGGGUUACCUGAAAGAGCUGAAUAAGAUCAUCGAGACGCAGCAGGCGCUGCUUGAGCGUCAGAAGAUGCGCAUCUUUGAGCUGGAGCAGCAUGUGUCUGACCUGUGCGCGGAGAACAGCCGCCUGAAACACGAGUACCAGCGGCAUCUGCUCACCUGCAGACUGCGAUCCAUUCAAGAAAACACCGCUCAACAACAGUCAGAAUACAACAGUCCAAGAAUCGUCAGAAGACAUGCAUCUCUGCCUGUAGAAACAACAAGUAAUCCCGGUAUGCUGCGAUCAGCUGUGGUCCGGAGAACUGCUCCAUGUCGACAGUGGAAAUCGGCAUCAUUCGGUGUGGAGGGGGAUGUUCAGAGCAGUGAGCCUGGCCCUUCAUUGGACGACAGUACAGGAUAUGGACGUAGCCCUGUGACACACAGUUCUUCCUUGAGUCCAGACCAGUUUGACAGCUCGCUGUAUGGCCAGACCGUCCAUCCAGGCCCACAACGACCUCAGAGACCCAAACUCCAGCACUCACAGUCUAUCCUCCGCAAACAGGCUGAAGAGGAGGCCAUAAAACGCUCACGCUCUCUCUCUGAAAGCUAUGAGCUCUCCACAGACCUACAGGACAAGAAGGUGGAAAUGCUUGAGCGGAAAUAUGGAGGCCGUUUCAUAACUCGCCAUGCUGCUCGCACCAUCCAGACAGCUUUCCGCCAAUACCAAAUGAACAAGAACUUUGAACGUCUCAGGAGUUCUAUGUCAGAGAACCGCAUGUCCCGCAGGAUCCUUCUGUCCAACAUGAGAAUGCAGUUCUCUUUUGAUGGACCUGAGAAAGUCCACAGCUCCUUUUUUGAGGGGAGGCACAUGUCUCUUAUGGAUGACACCAGCCAAGUAGGAACCAUGAUACAAGCUAGAGAGAAGGUUCCUGCCAUUUUGGAAGCCCCAGAAUCUCAAAGCGAUUUAACGGAUACCAUCACAGAGCUGGAGGAUGCUUUCUCCAGGCAGGUGAAGUCGUUGGCGGAGUCCAUUGACGAUGCUCUGAACUGUCGAAGUCUGCACAGGGAGGAAGUCCAACCUGAGCAGGCGGUUUAUCCAGAGGACAUGCAAAAAGAAAAUGAACUUCCUCACCCUGAGGUCUGCGAUGUAACGCUCUUCAUCAAUGAAGACGAGUUCUCUCCACCCGUUCAGCCUUCCUGCUCUAUUGAGCAGCCGUCCAGCAUGGAAUCUGAGCAGCACACCCAGUCCAUCAGCUCCUCGCAAGAGUACUGGUCCAUGGACGGCAAAGAUGACAAGGUGGACACGGACAUUAGCUGCAGGAGCACUCCAUCCCUCGAAUGCCAGGAGCCUCGGCCCAGUAUGGACCAUUUACCCCUGCUGACCAUAGAGUCACCCAUUAACAGCUCAGUGGACAUGAGUGAUCGCUCCGAACUUGGUUCGGUCAAGCAACAGGACAUUCACCAACAGACUGUAGCAGGUCCAUGGGCCAGAUCCAAGAACAUCUCACAUGGACUACCUCCCAGUGUUCCCUCACUUUCUCAAGACGAGGAGCCACUUAGACACCGGCAAGUGGAGUGUCACCUGGCCACCAAUGGCAACCGGCAGAGCAAAUCUGACUUUUCAGAUGGGGAUAAUGACAGUAUCAACAGCAAUUCAAACUCAAACGACACAAUCAACUCAGAGGCCUCAUCCAGAGACAGUUUGAGAGAACAGGCUCUCAGCAAACAGACGUACCACAAAGACACUCGCAAUAGCUGGGACUCACCGGCGUUCAGCAGUGACAUCGUCCGCAAGAGACAGUACCGCAUCGGCCUCAACCUCUUUAAUAAAAAGCCAGAGAAGGGCAUACAGUACCUGACAGAGAGGGGCUUUAUUCCCGACACGCCCGUGGGUGUCGCCCACUUUCUUUUACAGAGGAAGGGUUUGAGCAGGCAGAUGAUUGGGGAAUUUCUCGGGAACCGGCAGAAACAAUUUAACAGGGAUGUCUUAGAUUGUGUGGUGGAUGAGAUGGAUUUCUCAGGGUUAGAGUUGGAUGAAGCUCUGCGUAAAUUCCAGUCUCAGAUCCGUGUUCAGGGUGAAGCACAGAAGGUGGAGCGAAUGAUCGAAGCAUACAGUCAACGCUACUGCAUCUGUAACCCUGAUAUCGUCCGUCAGUUCAGAAACCCUGACACAAUGUUCAUCCUGGCGUUUGCCAUCAUCCUCCUCAACACAGACAUGUACAGUCCAAACGUCAAGAUGGAGCGCAAGAUGAAGCUUGAGGACUUUAUCAAGAAUCUAAGAGGUGUGGAUGAUGGAGAAGACAUCCCUCGUGAGAUGUUGGUUGGGAUUUAUGAGCGGAUCCAGAAGAAGGAGCUGAAGACAAAUGAAGAUCACGUGUCACAGGUGCAGAAGGUGGAGAAACUCAUUGUGGGCAAGAAACCAAUUGGAACACUUCACCAUGGCCUUGGAUGUGUGUUGUCUCAGCCUCAUCGCAGACUGGUGUGUUACUGUAGACUGUUUGAAGUUCCAGAUCCAAACAGACUGCAGAAACUUGGCCAGCAUCAGCGCGAGAUCUUCCUCUUCAACGACCUUCUGGUGGUUACUAAAAUCUUCCAGAAGAAGAAGAACUCUGUGACAUACAGUUUCAGACAGUCUUUCUCUCUGUAUGGGAUGCAAGUCAUGCUCUUUGAGAAUCAGUUCUAUCCAAACGGUAUCCGGCUCACUUCAGCUAUUCCCGGUGCAGACUUCAAAGUCCUGAUCAACUUCAAUGCUCCCAACCCUCAGGACCGCAAGAAAUUCAUCAGUGACCUGCGAGAGUCCAUUGCUGAGGUUCAAGAGAUGGAGAAAUACCGUAUAGAGUCUGAGCUGGAGAAGCAGAAAGGUGUGGUCAGACCCAGUAUGUCUCAGAGUAUGUCCGGUCUGAAGAAAGAGGCAGGAAGCGGCACCAUCAACCGCACCAGUUUGGAUGACACCUACGCCAUGGGGGAGGGGCUUAAACGGAGUGCGCUUAGCAGCUCCCUUCAGGACCUCUCUGAAGCAGGGCUCCAUCACUAGCAGUCCUCCUCUGUGCCAGAGACCCCCGUCCACUCGGGAUCACCCUCCUCCUGACAGACACGGCGCUCCAAACGCCUCAUCUCUCCUUGGGUCACUAUUCGGCUGCAGGCGGGACAGGCACCCUCCUCUUCCACCCCCCAACCCUAAUCAACCCACUCUCAUCCACCAUACCCUACACCCAUUUAACCUGCACCACACCACCCAGCCUCACGGCCACCGCUCACAGCGAUGUCACCCUCCACCCUACCAGCACCAGUCGCGGGCACUCGGACCACAGGGGCCAUCUCUCUUCAGACGUUCACACACACACAAGCACAUGAGCAACACACACAAACACCGCGCCAUCAGCACACUGGUGUGAACGGACACAUAAUGGGCAAACUCAUCAACACCUAGCGCGGCGAGUUGAGCGACAUAUCCGUACAAACUAUAUCUGUCUGGUCAUUUAGGACACGUUUAAUAUUUUGUUGAUGGGUGAAUCUCUCAAAAUCAAAUCCAGCUUAUAAUUAACCCCAAUAUCAAAAGAAAAUGAAACAAGUGAUAAUUAUCAUAAAGAAAAUCUAGCCUGUUUAUAUUGAGAUUUUUGCUCUUUGACAUUAUUUUUAUGACAUUAACAUUACACGACAAAUGUGUUCAGUUAUUUUACUGUAUUACAAUGAUUUAAAUAAGCAUAAAUAAAAGGCAGCACAAUAAAUACGGCCAUACUACAAUAAUAAAUCAAUCUGUAAAAUGUAAAUAAUAUAUCCAUGUAACGAUUCUCUCAAAACCUGUCAAGAUUUUUAAAAGGAUUAUUUAUAUUGACAGGUUUCGUCAGUAUCACCCCCCAAAAAUCUCAAUGUCUCAAUUCAAAAUUUGUUUCAUAUUUUUCAUAAAUAUGACAACUAUAAUUUGUUCUUUUUUAUUUUUUUAUUUUGAUCAUGUUAUUGACAUGUUUUUUAAGAUUCGCCCAUACAGAGGUUAUAUUUAUGAAUAUAUAUAUAUAUAUAUAUAUAGUAUGUUUGCUUGUGUUAGAACAUUGUAUUUUUGAGACUUCCGUUCACACUAGCAGAGAACAGACAUUCUAAUGCUUUAUUUAUAUUGGAUGACAGAUAUAUACAGUAUGUUGUCUUAGCAACCAUACAUUAAUGUGCCAAUGAUCAUUUUAUAUGAACUCAUUAGUGUGUAGUACAGUAGUAACCCAAUGUUAUAGAAUACUGUACAAAUGUAUUCAUAUAUUUUUAAGAACAAAUCGAGUCAAGGUCACCUGUCGAGAAGAGAGUUACUAGAAAAGCACGAUGUGAUCUGAUAUGAGGGCAUUUCAGAGCACAAACACAGUAAAGACAAACGUCACAAGAAAUAGAUCUAGAAACCAGGAAGGUCUUGUGUGGGGGAUGAAAGAUGAUGUUAAAUAUACUUGCAUGCCUUUUUCUUGAGGUUUUCAAUGAUGCAUUUUUUAUACUCUUUAGUCUUUUCCUUUGGAGUUAUGCACAAGAUUCUGGGAGCAAGUGACUGAAUUAUUUUUCUAUGUAUUAAAGAUUGUUAAGUGCAAUAUGUUUGUCAUGAUGGUCAGUGCAUCGGUUUAUUAUUCUUUCAUCAUAGUGGUGUUUGGACAUUGAAGUGAUCGGCUAGGCUUUAACUGUGAUCUGCUAUUGAUGUUAUUGGUGUUUAUUUAUUAUUGGAAAUAAACCAGUGUUACCAUAGCAAUAACGUGCAAUCAUGUAAAGAGUACUUUUUUAAAAACACUUUUUGUCUUUCAAUCACCAGGAGACCGUUUAUCGUCUUUUCUGAUUUUCAGGUGAAUUUUAUGCAAGUAUGUGUAUGUUUAGAGGAAUGUAUAUCUAUUAUUAGACUUUGGUUGGUGAAAUGUAGCAGAUGAAAAUGGUCUUUGUAAAGAGGUGUAUAAGCUGAAAAACAAUAGCAUUCAAUCAAGAUCUUUUCUUUGACAUUUCUUUGUUCAGAGUGCACAUGCACCUCAAACCAAGGCAUUCGGUCAAUAUUCAUUCUUAUGUACUACAUUCAACUAAAAUGGACCCUGUUUACUUUCUUCAUAUUCCCAUUCAUCAAACCCUCUUAUCUUUAACCCCUCUCCCAUACAGAGACCACUUUUCACCAUCCAAUCAAUCGCUCAUGGAUAAAAACCCCUUUCUCCUUUCAUUUAUUCAUAUAACAAUCAGUCAUAUGGGUUUGAAUGUUAUUUCAUGCUAAGGGGAAACAUGUCAACUGUUUUUCUUUUGCAUAAAAUGUUAACAGCAUAAGCAGAUGUAUUGCUUUGACACUGAUCAUACCCCAACAAUGCACUGAAGAUUGAAAUGCAUCAUCGUUCAUGUUUCUCACUGUGAUCUGAGAAGUCUUUCUUUGUCUUGAAAUCUCUUUGCGUGUUUCAUCUUAGCUGUGUUACAUGUGGUCGAGCUGUUGUUGUGCUUCUGUAUUGUGUUGUGUGUUUCUACAGUGCUGCAUGCACAAUAUUCCUCUCAUGCAUUUCAAAGAUGAAAUAAAAGUUCAAUCAUCAUCGAGUUAAGCGAAGAGAUCUGACCAGAAAUCAAUCUAUUAGUGGAGCACGUGUGGAGAUCGUUGUGUAUAUAGUGUGUACAGUUAACCGACUGCAUUCUGUGUUUAACUGAGAGUUGUGUGCAUCUGUUUUACUGUGUGUCACUGAAACGGACUGUCCAAAUGUUUUGUCUGUGUGUUUGUCUCCUCACAGGCUGCUAUAUCAUUGUCAAUCAAAUGCUCCGAGAAAUGAAAGGAUUUUAGAGGGAAUUCUUUUAUUUUGACAUUGUAGACAAGAGAAUGCUUUAAUUGGUGGUUUUGUUUGUAAUGGUCAUCUCAGAGUCAAUGUACAGUCAAUGUAUAACCUUCAGAACACAAAAUAAAAUUAAUAUAUGA